UGCACUAUUUUUUUAAUUGAACUUCAGGUUUCUCACAUUUUACAAAAUAUAAAUAGAUUCUGAGCCAGUUAUAAUUACUCCACUAUUUUGGAAUUUAGAUGGAUGUGUGUGUGUGUUUCCGAAGGAGAUGAUGUGACAUUUCUGUUUUUCAAGUUUUGCGUCUUGUUUGUUGAACUAACAUGGAUUCAUUCUUUGUGUGUUUUGGCUAGUCAAAGUCUUGGACUUUUCUUAGACUUUUAGGAGAAGAAAAGACUUGUUGUUCUAGAAAAUAUUUUGUUGACUUCCAAAUUUUCUUGGAAAAUAUUUUAAGAACUUACUGAUCACCUUUUCUUCAAUGGAUUGCCUUUGAUGAAGAGCCAUGCUUUUGCUGCUUAACAAUUUUGAGGCAUUUGCGUUUUAAUGUUGCCGUAUAAUAUUGGUUCAAUUGUCGAUGGAAUAAAGUGAAGGUCCUUAAUAAACUCCAAUCGUUUUUUUCGCUGAUCAAAGUUUAGCCUAAUUAGGAUAAAAAUAUCAAAAUGUUCGGUCACAAGAAGUUUCCCUUGCAUAGGCUUUCAAGGCACAAGUCAGCUGACCCCUCUGACUUCCCUAAUCAUAAAACGAAUCCAUUUGAAUCCACCGAUGAGUUGAAAUCGGUUAAAGGUUCUACAAGAACAUCAUCAGAACCUGCUCUGGUUACACCAAACUUCAAUUCAAACCCCUUUGAUGAUGAUGGUGAUGAUGUUAGAGGAACCUCAUCAUCUCAGAGUUUCUUCAAUUCCUCAAGGAACAAAUACAAGAAUGAUUUCCGCGACUCUGGAGGAUUAGAGAGCCAGACUGUAGAGGAACUUGAUAAUUAUGCCGUAUAUAAGGCUGAAGAUACGACCAAAUCUGUCAACAAUUGCCUUAAGAUUGCAGAGGACAUGCGAGGAGAAGCCACCAAUACUUUGGUUAUGCUGCAUCAACAGGGAGAGCAAAUCACCAGAACUCACACGACUGCAGCCGACAUAGAGCAUGACCUUAGUAGGGGGGAGAAGCUUUUGGGGAGUCUUGGGGGCAUGUUCUCUAAGACAUGGAAGCCGAAGAAGAAUCAUGCAAUAAAAGGCCCUGUGAUCACUAGAGGUGAUCCGGUACAUAGAAAGGGCAAUCACUUGGAGCAGAGGGAAAGGCUUGGCUUGUCUUCGGCCUCAAAGGAAAGAUCAUCAAAUACACGUAAACCACUAGUCGAACCCACAGAUGCCUUCCAGAAAGUUGAGGUUGAAAAGGGGAAACAAGACGAUGCCCUCGUAGAUCUAAGUAACAUCUUGGGGGAACUAAAGAAUAUAGCUAUUGACAUGGGAUCAGAGAUUGACGGGUCAGUGCUCCCUUCUAUUCUAAUGGACACCUCAUUCUUUCCCAUAUUUGUCUCAACACGGCGAAGAUGCUUUUUAUCCACUGAUCGAUUACUUUUGUUGUUGUUUUACCCUAAUACAGGCAGAACAAAGCUUUGCAUCAUGUCGAAGAUGAUGUGGAUGAGCUAGUUUUCCGAGUGAAAGGUGCUAAUCAGCGCACUCGUCGUUUGCUUGGGAAGUAGGGAUGCCAUUGCUUGCUGCUUCUGCACUGAUAUUAAAAUUUUGGACAUUUUCCUUGCAGCUUUGUAUUACGUAUAUAGCUUUUGUGUACAACAAAAUAGAAAAUUAUUCUACACCUUGAGUUAGAUCAUUCUAGAUCAAUGCAAAUACACCUCUUUUCUGUAA